AUGCCAGAACCGAGCUAUACAGCUUCAAGAACUCUGGUUAAUGAUGAUAUUGAUGACCCUGAGCCUCCUCAGCUUCCUGACGCUCUUGGAGAUGAAGAAGAAGAUACUAUUAAAGUCACAGACAGCGUUGAUGAUACUGAGCAAGAGGAGGAGGAACUCCAACACUAUCUGACGCCAGAAACAACGCCUGAACGAAACUUUGAAGAGUGCAUGACCGAAACUAGCGUACAAGCAACUGACUCGCAGGCGACUCGCGCAGGCGAAAUUUCUGCUGAUUUUGACGCACAGAAUAUUCUAUCAAGUCGUACGAGAGGCGCCAAACGCCGAGAGGCCUAUGCCACGGCGCUGACGCAUCCAUCCGAUCUUUCUGCGUACUAUUCUGCCUUUUCUGUCGGCCUGAGCAGCUCUAAGGAGCAUUCUCCUGAUUAG